AAAUACUCCAUAGUUACGAAAUUAUUUAAGCUAUUCUUGAACCUCAUGAACUCCGAUUGGGGCAGAGGUUUUUUAGCGACGACAGUGAUUUUUGGACUAUGGCAUUACCAGCGACGACGGCCAUUUACGGUGACUCCAAGUAUUUCAUUAUAAGUUACGGGUAUUAAGCCUAUUCAAAUAAAAAUUGUCUGUAUUUUAGUUUUUAGAAGUUCACGUCUCCAACUAUAUCAUAUUUCAACGUUAAAAAAAUUAUUCAUAUUAUUCUAUUUACUAUUUUUUUGAAAUUGUUCGAAUUUUUCUUUAGUCCUUACUAAAGAGUAAAUGAAAGGUAAUUGUUAGAGGUGUAAGAAUUAGGAGAGGCUGAUAUUAGAGACACAAACGAAGAAAAAUUGCUGAAAAGUCAAAUUCAGGAAUAGAAAGUAAAUGAAAAAGAUAAAAAAAAUAUAUCUUACCUAACUCAACUUUAAAUUUAGAUUAACGUAUAAAUUAAAUUAUUGGUAUGAUUUUUUGUAUGAUAUAUUAGUUUUUAAUAUGUAAAUACUUAUUCAACUAUUAGAAAAUAUGCUCAAUAAAGUUCCCAUCAACAUUGUUUUCUGUAGAAAAUAUAAACUCAUUUAAAACAUGUAUUAGGAGAUUAAUAGUAUGAAAAAGAACAUUAACAAAUCAAUCAUUAAUUACAUGAUAUAUAAUCGUGGUGAAUUGACGAAGCAUAUAUUUUGCAAAUAAAAAAUGGUUGAAAAUAGAUAAAUACACACACGUUUGAGGUAUAUAUAAAGUGGUAUCUCAAAUCUUAUGUAGCCACCACACAUUACUACUUUGAAAAUCAAGCCGAAUGGAUAAAUCUUCCCAACUCUACCUGCUUCUAACAUCACUCUUUCUUCUUCAAUGGUUGAUUGAUUAUAGCUCAGCCAACUCAGACAUCAACACUGAUCGUUCUUCACUUACUGCCUUCAAAUCUCGAAUCUCUUUAGAUCCCCAUAAUAUAUUGACCAAAAAUUGGAGCAGUGAGAGCAAUAUUUGUAGUUGGGUUGGAGUUACUUGUGAUUCUCGCAAUCAUAAGGUGACUCAGUUGAAUAUAUCAUCCAUGGGUCUUGUCGGAACCAUUCCUCCAGAAAUCGGAAAUCUUUCCUUUCUCGUCUCGUUAGAUGUGAGCGAGAACUUUUUUUAUGGUCCUAUUCCCACAUCCAUUUUCAACAUGUCAACUUUAGAAGUUUUGUGUUUGAGGAAUAAUAGUUUGUCUAGUAGUCUACCCCUUGAUAUGUGCAUACACAAUCAACAUAGACUAAAAAGACUUCGUAUUUCUUAUAACAAGUUGUAUGGGGAAAUACCAUCGACUUUGGAGAGAUGUUUGAAUCUUGAGUAUAUUUCUUUGCAUAGCAACAACUUCCGUGGACACAUGCCAACACAAAUUGGAAACUUGCCAUUGCUUCAACACUUAUUCUUGAGUGCCAACAACUUCAGUGGUUCUAUUCCACAAUCCAUUUGCCACUUGAGAUCCCUCCAAAUCCUCUAUUUAUUAAAAAAUAAUUUGGAAGGAGCACUUCCAGCUUGUCUUGGAAACUUGAGCAGAUCUUUGUCUAUCCUCAAUUUGAAUGGCAAUAAACUUACCGGCGUCAUCCCAUAAACUUUCACAAAGGGUUGCAGUCUUCAGGCAAUCAAUCUAUAUGGAAACAAGCUGAAAGGAACCCUACCUCGGACCCUAGCCAAUUGCUGGGGUCUGUUGGGCAUCGAUGUUGGUGAUAAUGAAAUACGCGAUGCAUUUCCCUUUUGGAUGGAAAAACUCCCUCACCUUCGCAUCCUUGUCUUGAGGUCAAAUAAGUUCAAUGGUAAGAUGUUGGUGGAUUCAAAUUCAAACACUGAGCAGUUGUUUCCAAAGUUGCAAGUCUUGGAUGUAUCAAACAAUGCCUUUGUCGGUUCUCUACCUGAUAGAUACAUAAGUAAAUUUCGAGGUAUGGUAGAUGCAGAGAAAAACCAGACGGAUGAUGAAUCAUAUAUGUUUCUAACAUUAAUAGAACUGAGGCUCACAUUGAAAGGAUUGGAUCAGUCAUUGAAGCGACUGCUAAAUACCUUUACCACCCUCGACUUAUCCUCCAAUAGAUUCUCUGGGAACAUUCCACCUUCUAUAGGGAAUCUUAACUCUCUUAGAUACUUGAAUCUAUCUUACAAUACCCUCACAGGGCAUAUACCUUCAUCUCUAGGGCGUAUGAGUAUCCUCGAGUCAUUGGACUUGUCUUCAAACAUACUGGAUGGAGAUAUUCCAGAUGAAUUGUCAAGGUUGACAUUUCUUGAAAAGUUAAAUCUUUCGAUGAAUAAUCUUGAGGGGAAAAUACCACAGUCCACUCAACUUUCCACGUUUGGUAACGAAUCAUAUGUUGGAAACGCAGGAUUGUGUGGAUUUCCAUUGAUGAAAGAAUGUGAUCCGACCGUUGGAAUACCACCACCACCACCGUAUGUGGAAGUGGAAUCAGAUAGGGAGAUUAAGUGGGAGUAUGUGUUUGCUGCUGCUGGAUAUGUUGUGAGCUUAGGAAUCUUUUCCUGGUUGAUUUUAUUUAGCCCAAGUUUCAGGUACAUAUACUCUGAGAAAGUUGACGAUGUUUUCGAGAAAAUCAUAGAGUGUUGUCAGCGCCGUAAGAAAAGAGAGAGACGAAGAAGAGCUUUGAGGAAUCAGGCUAGAAGACAGCAGAGAGGAUGAGGCUAUUUAGCUUGUUAGCAGACAAAAAUAAAGAAGAAUGUGCUACUAAUAGUAUUAAUGCUAUUAUUCUGCAACUUAAGCAUAAUAAUAGAAUUAUUAUUGUUAGUACUAGUAUUUCUAAUUACAAUCACUAUUAUCCUAUAAAAUAUAUUUUUUUAAAGUAUCUCAUGCAAAA